AAAGCCCCUAUAGAAGAAAAAAUGAAUAACAAUUCAAAUCUCUCCAUAUAUUUCUAUACGAGAGCAACAAUGAACUCACUUUGUUCCUUUUUUACUCUUGUAUUAUUUUUCCUUUGUUUCGUUGUUUCUCUUUCCGAUUCCUUAAAUGACGGUUUUAAUGUUGAACUCAUACACCGUGAUUCUUCAAAAUCACCAUUUUACCAUUCUACACAAAACAAAUACCAACAUGUUUCUAAUGCCCUGCGUCGUUCCAUCAAUCGAGUCAAUCAUUUCUACAAAGAUUCUCUCAUUAAAACACCUAAAUCGAUUGUAACUCCUGAUAAUGGUGAAUAUCUCAUGAGCUAUUCCAUUGGUACCCCACCAUUCAAACUAUAUGGAAUUGUUGAUACAGGUAGUGACAUUGUUUGGCUUCAAUGUAAACCUUGUCAUCAUUGUUAUAACCAAACAUCUGGUAUGUUUGAUCCUUCAAAAUCAUCAAGUUACAAAAGUAUUCCUUGUUUAUCUAAAACAUGUAAAUAUGUGUCAGACACUCAAUGUACUAAACGUCAUUCUUGUGAAUAUACUAUUCAGUAUGGUGAUCAAUCACGUUCGCAAGGAGAUCUUGUUACUGAGACUCUUACAUUAGAUUCUACCACUGGCCGUACUAUUUCAUUUCCUAAAACUGUGAUAGGAUGUGGAACUCAAAAUACAGUGUCAUUUCACGGUCAAAGCUCUGGUAUAGUUGGUCUUGGAAGGGGGCAUGUUUCCCUUACAACACAAUUGGGAUCGUCAAUCAGUGGAAAAUUCUCUUAUUGUUUGGUACCAAUGUGGAGUGAGUCAAACAUAACGAGUAAACUCAAUUUUGGACAUGCUGCUGUGGUUUCAGGUCAUGGGACUGUCUCAACUCCUUUAAGUAAUAAUCCCAAAGAAGUUUUUUAUUAUUUGACAUUGGAAGCAAUUAGUGUCGGAAACGAAAGAAUAAAAUUUAGAGACCCGUCAAGAGGUAGUGAAGAAGGUAACAUCAUAAUUGAUUCUGGAACAACAUUGACACUUUUACCAACCGAGAUUUAUAUUAAUUUGGAAUCAGCGGUUGCAAAAUUGGUUAAAUUGAAGCGUGCUCGUGAUCCAAAUAAUAUAUUGAACCUUUGUUAUUCUAUUCCCUCACAUAAAUAUAAUUUUCCUACAAUCACUUUACAUUUUAAAGAUGCAGACGUGAAGUUGGCUUCUAUUGGCACAUUUAUUGAAGUUGCGGAUGGAAUUAUUUGUUUUGCUUUUGCCUCAACUGAAUCAGGUGCCAUCUUCGGAAACUUGGCUCAACAAAACUUAUUAGUUGGUUACGAUCUCGUUAAAAAACAUGUAUCGUUUAAGUCUACUGAUUGUACCAAACUCCAUUGAGUGUAUUCAAUGUAGACUUUGUUUACUUGCUCUGUCAAUUGAUAAUAAAAUUUGUAUUUUUUCCAUCUCUAAUUAAUAUAUCAAAGUUUAACUCACAAA